AUGAGCAAGUUUAAUCAUAAAGAAGCAGCUGAGGAGCUCCAGCAUUAUAGACUUACAAACGAGCGCAGCUCUGAGAAGGUUUGUCUUCUUGGUGCUAGAUUAAUCAAGGAUAAUUACACUGCUAAACUCGGUGAUGCCAUUUGGCCAUUUUACGAACAAGUCGCGGUUGCUGCGCUUGAUGUUCAAGAUUUCCCUCUCGCCGACGCUUGCAUCGAUAAACUCAAGGCUCGCUUUACAGAAAAGUCGCUCAGAUUUCGCCGUCUAUUAGGUAUGCGAUUUGAAGCACAAGGAAAACUAGACGAAGCACAGGAAGUGUACGAUACAAUCCUCCAGGAAGAUGAUACCAAUAUGCUGGCUUCAAAGCGCCAAAUUGCAUUAUUGAAGACAAGGAACAAGGAAUCAGAGAUGAUUGAAGCAUUAACAAAUUACUUGGAUACUUAUUACGACGAUCAUGAAGCAUGGCUAGAACUGUGCGACGUUUACCUUUCGAAAUACAUGUACGAUCAGGCUGCCUAUUGCUGCGAGGAGAUCAUCAUCCUUCAACCUUCAAAUCACGUCUUUUUCCUCAAAUAUGCAGAGAUCCUUUACACCUUGAAUCACCUGCCAUUGGCAUUGAAGCACUACUGUAAAGUUUUGGAACUAUGCACUGAUAAUGUGAGAGCGCUCUAUGGGUUACAAUUGUGUGCAAGCAAAUUGUUGACCUCCAAUGAAGUAGACCAUGCGUCCGAUUUACAAGCUUUGGCAACGGAACGUUUACUGGAAGUGUAUAAAAAGGAACCCGAAUCCAUCAAACAGAUUGUCCAGGAAUAUUUGUCAAAUUAA